CAUUGGCAGGACCUGUCUGGGAUGCGGCGCAUGCUCUGCGAGUUCAUUUCGUCACUGCCAGCAUUGUCCUGCUGAGGGAAACCAUCGAGUGGAAAUGUUGUGCAUCUGCAGGGAGCCCUGGCCCUGGAGCACCGCUGGCCGAGCUGAGGAGGCCUAAGCGAUGUCCACCUCCGGAUUAGAUGGUUGCUGAAGGCGAAUGUGCAUGUCAAGAUAAACAAACCGGGACUGAGGCUGUGCUGCCUGCACUGCAGAUAAGCAGAAGCUGUGAGUGUGCUCUCCCCUUUGGUUGACGUUGUUGCUUUUUUUUUGGGCCUCUUUGUGUGCCAGACUGUGUUUGUGGGAGUAGAUGUGCUUAUUAAUAAUGAAUGUAAUGGGCAGCAGCCCCUAGACUGUAGACUCAAAGCUUGGUAACUGGGUGGGUUUAUUUCUAACCCCUGAAGAAAGGCGGGUUUGACUUGGAAUAAUGGCAGACCACGAGGAAGAAGAGUUGUCCGAGUCCCUUCAGAAGGAGGAAGGCUUUUCCAGUGAGCCGGAGGAGCCGAACUUUAAAUCUAAAAGUUUGCCUGUUUUAAAUGAAGCAGCCCCUCAAGAGGAAACCUUGCUCACUAGUUCUGUGCGGAUGUCUAUAACAGCAGAAGAGAGCGCAGAAUUUAUCCAGCUUCCGGCUAAGACUGAGUCCUUUCAGGCAGAGUCCCCGACGAGAACAAACUAUGUGCCCAAGCCGGGGAAGUCGGCACUAAACAGACCAAGCUCGUACAUGGAGAACACAGAGAUCCGUAGGAGUAAAAAUUUAGCGAGAGGGAAGCCCCGGUUUUUCGCUUCCAGGCUCGCUCGGAUCCGUCUGCCCAGCAGGAAGUACCUGAGCAUCUUCCUGCAGGACUCCCGCUGCUUCCUGUUCUGCAUGUGCUACCUGACGUUCAUCCAGUCGCUCAUGGUGUCCGGCUACCUCAGCAGUGUCAUCACCACCAUAGAGAAAAGAUACAGCCUGAGGAGCUCCGAGUCGGGUCUCCUCGUCAGCUGUUUCGACAUAGGGAGCCUCCUGGUGGUCGUCUUUAUCAGCUACUUUGGUGGUCGGGGCCAGAGGCCUCGCUGGCUGGCGGUGGGUGGAGUUUUCAUCGCUGUCGGCGCCGCCCUCUUCUCCUUGCCGCACUUCAUCUCCCCGGCCUACCAGAUCCAGGAGGUUAACUCGACCUUUGGCAACGAGGGCCUGUGUUUGAACAGCAACGCUAGCGGCAGGGACCGCGUUGACAUCACUUCCUGUCCCAGAGACCAGGAGGGCAACGAGCACAACCUGUACGUGGCGCUGUUCGUUAUCGCCCAGAUCUUGGUGGGCAUGGGAUCCACGCCCAUCUACACGCUUGGACCCACCUACCUGGACGACAACGUCAAGAAGGAGAACGCUUCGCUGUAUCUAGCCAUGAUGUACGUGAUGGGAGCACUGGGUCCAGCGGCUGGCUACCUGCUGGGAGGAGUCCUCAUCGGCUUCUACGUGGACCCCAAGACUGUUGUGAACAUUGAUCAAAGCGACCCCCGCUUCAUCGGAAACUGGUGGAGCGGGUUCCUGCUCUGCGCCGUGGCCAUGCUGCUGGUCAUCUUCCCCAUGUUCACCUUCCCCAAGAAGCUGCCGCCCCGACACAAGAAGAAGAAGAGGAGGAAAAAGGUGAGCAUGGACGACCUGUCCAGUGACGACGACGUCCACAAGGAGAAGAGCAACAACAACAAGAACCAGACGGUCACCUCGUCCAUGGGCUUCGGCAAAGACAUCAAAGACCUGCCCAAAGCAGCAGUGAGGAUCCUCAGCAACGUGACCUUCCUCUUCGUCAGUCUGUCCUACACGGCGGAGAGCGCCAUAGUCACCGCUUUCAUCACCUUCAUCCCCAAGUUCAUCGAGUCUCAGUUUGGCAUCCCGGCCUCCAGCGCCAGCAUCUACACCGGUGUGAUUAUUGUGCCCAGCGCCGGCGUUGGCAUCGUCCUGGGCGGCUACAUCAUUAAGAAGCUGAAGCUUGGAGCUCGCGAGUCAGCCAAGCUGGCCAUGAUCUGCAGCGGAGUCUCCCUGCUCUGCUUCUCCACACUGUUCAUCGUGGGCUGCGAUAGCAUCAACCUGGGAGGAAUCAACAUCCCGUACACCACCGGACCGACUCUCACCAUGACUCAGAGGAAUCUGACCGGAGGCUGCAACGUGAACUGCGGCUGUAAAAUCCACGAGUACGCUCCGGUGUGCGGCUCCGAUGGCAUCACGUACUUUAACCCCUGCCUGGCCGGCUGCAGCAGCGUGUCCAACGACAGCACCGGGAUCCGUAACUACUCGGACUGCGCCUGCGUCCAGAGCCGGCAGGUCAUCACGCCGUCGUCCAGCGGGCAGGGCAGCAACCAGCUGCAGCUCGUCAUCGUCAAGACCUACCUGAACGAGAACGGUUACGCCGUGUCGGGGAAGUGCGACCGCACCUGCAGCACCCUCAUCCCCUUCCUCAUCUUCCUCUUCAUCGUCACGCUCAUCACUGCCUGCGCCCAGCCCUCCGCCAUCAUCGUCACCCUCAGGUCUGUCGCGGAGCAGGAGCGGCCGUUUGCUCUGGGAAUGCAGUUUGUUCUCCUCAGGACUCUCGCCUACAUCCCGACCCCCAUCUACUUCGGCGCCGUCAUCGACACCACCUGCAUGUUGUGGCAGCAGGACUGCGGAGUCCACGGCUCCUGCUGGGAGUACGACGUCACCUCCCUGCGCUUCGUCUACUUCGGCCUCGCCGCCAGCCUCAAGUUCCUCGGCUUCUUCUUCAUCUUCCUCACCUGGUACUCCAUCAAGUACAAAGAGGAGCGGGUGGAGCGCUGGCUCAAGCGCCACCUGUCUCCGGUCGACACCGUGGGCAGCCUUGUCUGCCACCCGGGCGGCCACAAGGGGCACGCCCGCACCCGCUCCUGCCCCGUCAACAUUCCCCGGAACGACCCCAACGCGCUGGCGGCUAACGGUCCGCCGCGCGCCGGCACCCUCAACCGCGGCAUCAGCACCCAGAGUUGCCCCGGCAACGAGCUUAAAGCAAUAACUCCUCCCCCUCCAGCGACGCCGACGCCUGCGGCCUCACCUGCCCCGACUCCGGCCCGCUCGCUGGAACAAGUCUCAGUCCGGGUCUGAGUUUCAGAAGGGGGGGCGGGCACAUGAGGACUUCAUUCUGAAUCCACUCAGGUGGAUUUUAGCCGCUCCACAGCGGAGGUCCUGCUCUCAUCCUUAGACUGUGGGCCCGGUUAAAAGCUCGAAUUGGCUUUCAGGUUUUUUUCAGCAUCUGUGGUCUCUUAGGAUCCGGAUUCCUUCAGAACCUCAGAACAAAAAAAUGUUGAAAGCAUCGAAGCGUUUUUUUUGUGAUCCACCUGCUAGCGCUGCGAGCGGACAAAGGCUUAGCGUCCUCACUUUGGACAGAGGAGAGUUCAUCGUUCAUAAACACCACCUGCCCUUCCCCCCUCCCUCACCUCGGCAACAUGUGCCUUCUGUCACCACGGUCCUCACAUGUACGGUACACCCAUGAAUAAAAAAAAACACCCUGACACCGAGGACGUCACUCAGACACCCUGUAGGAUAAAAGAGUCACCUGAACAGAUACCUCAGCUUUCCCUCCACCUCACGUCUGCGUGCUUCUUCUUCUUCUUCAUUGUUUUUUUUUUCCUUUUGUUUCCCAGACACCACAUAUCACACGGAACAAAAACAAAAAAAAAUUGGGAUACACUGAAGUUAAGUGUUAAGAACUGGAAACCGAUGGCAUGGUGCUAUGUGAAAAAACAACGUUCAAUGUCCACAUUUAGGUUUUUUUUCUUAGUUUUUAGGGGGUUAAAAAAAAACACUUGAAAAGAACCCAACGGGACGACAGGUCACUAGGCUAAGCAGCUUGGCAACGCACAGAAUGCAUUCUUGUCCCAUGCAAGGCCUUUUGUUGCUCACCAUGGGCACAAUGACACGUAGUAUUACCGCUGGAAGUCGGAUUGUUUUGGCUUUUGCCAGCUUCAUACAAUGCAUCCAUACAUCGCAGCUGUUUCUCCCUCCUGACUUGGCAACCUGAUAAGUGGUUUAACUCAACAAAAAAAAAAGAAAAGAAAAGAAAAAAAAACCCAGAAUCUGCAUUUUCCUCCUGACCACGUAACUGUUUGGACGAGUCGCCUUACAUGUCUGGAAGAACACUGAACUCUACUCGGAGGAUGUCAGGAGGUUGGACUCAAAAAGACGGAGUGACUUUUUAUUUAUUUUUUAUUUUUACCAGGCCCCAAUGAGAGACGCAGCCAAUCAUCUACCGACAAAAAACACAACGUUUGUACCGAAACAUGUACGCAGAUACGUAGUCGACCAUCACGUAGAGGUCUUAGUGUAGUCGUCUGUUCUUUGUCAGCUCCGGAAAAUAAAAAGCUGCGGGUGAAAAGUGAGCUGGAUGAAGAGGAAUAGAAAGUCAGCUUCUCGCUCUGCUUAUGAUGGUUAAUUGUGAAACAGUAGUCCCAAUGAUUUAUGGGUAAUUCUUGCUAAGAAAAAUUAGCAUUAGCCGUUUAAAAAAAAAAUGUUUUUUUUUUUUACUUAACAUGUCGGACGAUGCUGAAGUGUGGAGAGUAAGAAGAAGGUUUAGAUAUUUAGCAAACUCACUUUCUGAGUGAACACUGUCGAGCUGCAGCUUCUGAUGAUUAUUCUUUAAAAUGGUAGCAUUUCAUAUUUAGCAUGCCAGCUAGUUAGCAGCAUUCUGGCUGCUUAGUAGUCAUUUAUGAACACUUAUUAGUACCUUACUCUACAUGAGUCUACAGCUAACAGGUCAUUAGCUAAGAGUUUGCCCUCCAUACCUCCUGAUUACUGGUUACUGAUGCUAAGUCAGGAAGUUGUUGAACGUGAUUUAUAAUCUUAGGCCAUGUGUUGCCAUGUUUUUUUGUAGGCAGAAAAGUGCUGGCUCUUGCAUGAAGCGUUUGUGUGUUGGCAAGAAAAGCGCUGCACAUCCGUCCUGUCUCCAUGACAAAUGUCUGUUGAUAACGGCCGCUGUAUGACCGACAUAGCUUCGUUGCCUUUAAGUGAAAGCUGGAGUAAAAAACGAUCUCAAAUAUAAAACAGACACUUUGGGUACAAGACGCAAUCUGUGGGCGCCAAAAAUACGGGGAAUAUCAUACAUUUGGAAAAGCGCGCCGGUGAAGUCGACAGCGGCUUUGUGAAAAGUCGAAAGACUUGAGCGCUCUUAGUGGCUGCGCAAAAAUUGCGGAACACUUGGAUUAAGGACGCUGGGUGCUAUGCUUCCUCUGGGCGGUCGCCUGAUGCUGCAAACGCUCUCUCCUUAUUGAAUACGACAAAAAAGUGCUAGGUGGACACGAUGCCUAAGAUCAUAAUUCAUGUUCAACAACUUUCUCACUUCCUAUAAAUGAGCAGUAAUCUGGAGGAUGUUGAGAGAAAAUGAUCUAUUAGCUUUAGACUACCGUCAUGUAGAGUUAGGGCUCGAUCGCCCGUAUGCACACGCAGCCACGCUCCGCAGGCGCUCCCCGCUCUUCUACCCCCAGAUGUGGCCGAUCCUAUAGGGCGAAGCGUCUCUGUGUGAUCGCACCCUUGAGGUGCUUGUAAGCGCUAAAUAACGACCAAUAAGCAGCCAGUAUGCUACUAAUUAGCAUGCUAAUAAGCGGCUACUAAAUGGAGAAUAUUGUGACGUCUUUUAUUUUUUAAUCUUAACUAAGUGAAACGAUAAGUCCCUGAUGAUUUCUCAGAGCACACGGUUACAGCUUCAAACGUCUUCAGUUUCAAAUAUACGCAGCACUUAGGGAGACAAACAGCAACUACUCACAUUUAAGAGGCUAAAAUGAUGAACUAUUUCAUGUUUUUAAAUAAAUUUAGAAAACUAGAUUUUAAAUCAGUCUGUUAAUUUUCGGCUACGUGUUUUAGCAAUAGAGCAGUCCCUAAAAAUAGACCUGCUAGUUGAAUUAGUGGACGUACAGAAUAACUUUUAAAUGCAAACGUUUCCAACAAGCAGCUAUCACACUGUAAACAAAGAAACUCUCUUUGGACUCUAAUGAGUCUUGUUUUCAUGUUUAAAAAAACUCUGCCAGGACAGAAAUACAAAAGAGAAGUGUUUAAAAUCCAAACUUAAGUUUUCACUCCUCACCUAAAGCUUCAUUUUGUAGCCUAUGAUAAAACUUUUAGUGGUGUUUGUGUGCAGGUGGAGUUCGCCCAGCCGUCAUCGACCUGCAGAUGUCGACAAUUUUGUUUCUUCCUGUCGAUUGUUGCUUAAAGGUGACAUAUCUCCUCCUUUUCAACCAGUUUAAAUAAGUCUCAGAGCUCCUCAAAACAUGUGUGUGAAGUUUCUUGUUCUAAAUCCACUCUGAUCCUGUAUUUGAUCAUGUCUAUAAACCCCUCUAUUUCAGCCCUGCUCAGAACAGGCUGUUUCUGUGUCUGUACCUUUAAAUAGGAUGGACUUGUAUCAUCAUUUGGGGGGUUUGUAGACAGAUCAGAACAUGAUGAAUUUUACAUAAUAUGUGACCUUUAAACGUUGAGGUUCAUUCUUCAGCUUGGAAACCACGAGGCCCAUGUGGUAUAACUUCUGGAGGUUUCAGUCCUACAGCUUGUUCCGCAUCAGAAAAAAAAGCCAUUAAGUCGAAUGCUCAGGAACAAAUUAAAAAAUGUGAAAUGCUGGGCAGAACUCCUGCUGUGGAUCAUGGGAUGUGAUGACUCAGAACUCCUCGAAUAAAACGUAUAAAAAGACCUUCUUCCAAAUGAAACACCAAAACUUUUCUACAAACCAGGAUGUUAUAAGAGACACCAGAAUGCUGCUUUUAAAUACUUCACACACGUAGAUAAAUUGAAGCGAUCUCCCCAUACAGGCGUAUCUUAACCGCUUCUUUAGAAUAGACCAGACCCUGAUGACCCCUUGUGACCCCUCGUGACCCGUGACAAGCGAUAAGGACUCCAUUAGAUUGAUUUCCUUGCAUUUCUUUUUUUUAUUUGUUACAUUUUUUCUUGUAUUUUCGAGAGGCAAAAUGUUUCAAAAAGCCGUGAAAACCAGAUUUUUAUUUGUUUUUUGAGAAAGAGUCAACCUGGUUUAAAUUUCAUUCUAACCUGAGUUAUAAAGAUUGUAAAGUCGGGAUGAAACGGCCAUAUGGAAGCAAAGAAACGUGUCAUAAUUUAAAUUUUCAAAGAAGGUGAAUGCUUAAAGAUGUCGUUUAAACACAGCUGGAUUGAACACUUUGAAUUCAGCCCCUCUCUAACUCUCUUUCAAAUCAAAUCAAAUCAAAUUAGUUUACGUUUGUCGUUAUGUAUUUUUGAGACGCUUUAACUUGUUUUUCAGGUUCAUGAGUCCACAGGUUUCUUUACCAAUCUUCAUUGAUUACUCUGUCGUUAAACCUGAGCUUAGUAUGAUUUAAAAACGUCUCUUUUGAUUUGUUUUUAAUUAACAUUUAACAAGUUGAGUUGUUUUUUAAACUAGAGGGCACAAAACUACCUGCUGGAGAUUUGGAACCAAAGUUAAAUAUUUAAAACCGUAUUUAGCGUGUUCUACGUCACCUCUAUUAUUACACGUUUGUCUUUAGAAUCAAAUUAUGAAGGAGACUGUGGUCGAGGGUCUGGCGUUGUAGUACUCUAACUUUUUGAAGGUCUCUGUCUCGUCUAGGAAUUGAAAGCAUUUUUACUCGGUCUUGUCUCGGUCUCAUGGGCAGACUCGGGAUUUUAAAUCAAGACCAGUCUAAACCAACACUGAGAAGCAAUUUUUCCAUGUCAUAACUGUGAUUAGAAAUAAAACACUAAUUUCUAAAAGAGCAAAUUACUUCUAGUGGUGAUUUGUAUCCCUCGGUUACAGCCGCCAUCUUCCUGGUGUUACAGUCUAAGUGAGUGACACGCCCCCUGCACACAAGAUGAUUAUUCUUCAGUGAUAUUUAUGGUC